AUGAAGGACAGAGUGGACAGUCCUCAUCGUGAGGUACCUGUCAUUCCAGAUUUGAAACCUGACGACAUCAUAAUCGCUGUGAUGGGUAUAACUGGCUGCGGCAAAACCACCUUCGUUAAUCUGUUCUCUGAUCGAAAGCUCGAGGUUGGACAUGGACUGGACUCAUGUACCGUAUCAGUGCAAGUCGUGCCCUGCACAUUCGAAGGUGGCGCAAAAAUAUAUCUUGUCGAUACUCCAGGUUUCGAUGACACAUAUCGCACCGACUCUGAAAUCCUGCGAGAAGUCGCGCUUUGGCUGAACAAGGCACACUCUGAGAAAUUGCGACUAGCAGGAAUAAUCUUCCUACAACGGAUAUCAGAUGUACGAGUAGGCGGUAGCGGAAUCAAGAACAUCAGAAUGUUCCAAAAGUUAUGCGGUGAUGGCCCGCUUGCGAGUGUGGUAUUAGCGACCACAAUGUGGGAUAUGGCUACGAAAGACGCUGCAAUUCAACGAGAAAAGGAGUUGAAAGAACAACCACAACUUUGGAAAAAGAUGAUAGAUCAUGGCAGUGUCGUUUUCCGUCACGACAAAAAAGAAGCGUCAGCGCUCAAGAUCAUUAAAUAUCUGAUGAAGAAGAAGAGACCCGUCACGCUCGACAUCCAGCGCGAGAUGGUCGAUGAGAAGCGCGAACUGAUCGAUACGGGCGCUGGCGAAGCGCUAGCAUCAAACAUGGAAGCGCUCAUUAAGCUAUAUGAAGGGAAAUUGAGGAAUCUAGAACAGGAAUUCAGAGAGGCCCGCAAGGAGGACCGAGAAAUGUUGGAAGAGCAAAAAAGAGAACAUGAGGAAAGUCUUGCAAAGCAGCGAAGAGAGAUGGAGAAGCUACAUGUCAACAGGUUGCAGCUUAUAGAAGAAGAGAAGAAGCGAUUUGAAGAGAGCCAGAGGGAAGCUAAAGAAGAGAUGCAACGUGCUAAAGAGAAUUUUGCGGCAGAACUUGGAAAGCAGAAGAAGCACAUAAGAGAGCAGUACAUUCGGGAAAUGCAACGCUGUAAUGUAAUGUAG